AUGAAACUCACAACCCGCGCGACGCGGCGCAAUGCCCUCGAGAAACUCGCUGCCCUCUCUGCUGAGAGCGCCUCGACCGAAAACGAUGGCCGCGAUAUGCAGAGACUUUGUGACCUGGGGAGACCUCACAGCGAAAAGACGGGUAGUGGCAACAUCUACAGCGAAGAGAAGCUAGCACAGACAUCCUCCGUUCCCAUGAGCGUUAGAGAACUCGAGGUCUUGACGGCGCUGUGCAGGGCUGCACCGCUUGUUCAAACGAGCAAGGAUGCAGCGAGCCUACUUCGACAACUGGUACCAUAUGUCUCUGAGGCCCACGAGCAAGCGUUUGCCAAGACUCUGCUUCAUCAACACCUUCCACCAUGGGAGACGCUGGCAUACGAUCUCACGACAGCAGUCUUGGCACUGGGACUGAAUCAUCCUUCUCUCCGCCCCGAGGCGUGGUCGUGUAUCAGUGACACAAUCGAGGAGCUGACAACCAGCGCAGAGAAGACUGCCUGGCUCAAGCCGACAGAGGAUGGAGGAAGUCAGCUGGAAAUCAACGAUCAGACGCUCCAGGCAAUCCAGUUGAACGUAUCCUUGGUUGGAUUCUUCAAUGCCAUUGCCAAGUACGUGCGAGUCUGGACUCCGGAGCAGCGGGUAUCGUUGGUUCCCCGACUUCGGCGCAUACUAUCCGAGCAGUUCAUGGUCUCUCUGGAAGGUGCACUUUCCGCGAUUCGAAAUGCUGACUACGGCUCCCGAUCGAUCAAAGAUUGGAAAAGAUGGAUCCGCCACUACAGUGUCAAGGGCAGGCCGCUUGGAGCCAUGCUGCUCCAGCAGGCAUUCAUGAACGUGGUCGAAGACAGUGUGCUGGCAUUGAUAUCAUUACCGGAACCAAUGCCUGGUGCGACACUGCUGGACAUGCUGCUGCAGACGGACCCACUUCGCUACCGCGGUCACGCGCAUGCAGACGGUCUAGUCGCAAGUUUGAGUGAAGUCAUCUCUGAUGAGCUGCAGCUCUUGGAUGCCGAUGCGGACUAUCUGAAGCUUGGGUCUGAUUGGCAGCAAAGACUAGCACGGGGAGUCAAGUCAAGUGUGCUACGAAGCUUCUUGUAUUGCUGUAUACUGCAAGGCGAAACCCCUCACACGGACGUGCUGUUAGCAUGGCUCGAAGCCAUCACGUCUGAUCCAAGCCAAAUGAUUGACGAAGAGCUCGCACAGACCGUUCUCAAAGGCAUGGCAGUACUCGCCAGUAUAUCUGAGGCUGUGGCAUCUACAUUGACGAGAUCUCUACCUCGCUUGAUUGUUCGAGGUAAAAUGACUCCAAAAACUGCCACGGUUGCUUGCGAGUGCCUUGCAAGGGUACUGAAGCUGAUUGCGCAGGAUGUUGUCAUAAGCACACUGUACAGCCUGGGAAAUAUUCUCAGCUCUAACUCGCAGAGGGGAGAAGGUUAUAAUACUGGACUCUUCGACAGCUCAUACAGUAUCGCUCAGACAACCCAAGGCCAACAGCAAUUCAUGACAMAGCAGCACACUGGAAGCUCCAUCUCUCUUGUCAUAAGCGAUGAAGAAGAGGCAUCCGCUGUUUAUGGCACCGUUGCACAGGCAAUCGUUGCUGUUGCUGUCGCUCGUAACGAGGCGCAGUUGACCGCACUAGUCAUAUCGAUGCUGAUUCAGAAGAUUGGACGGAUCAAUGAAGCUGUCGAUGCGAGACUCAUCAUAGAGACCUCCGGACUAGGUCUCUGUGGAGGUUCAAAUGAGUUGAAGGGUCUUUUACGAUUCUAUGCCCGCGUGGGUAGCGAGGCUCUUGUCCAGCACAAGCCGCUCAUAGCGGCUGCGGUAACAGAGGCUAGGGUGCGACUCGCCACAUUCAUCAAGAAGAACUCACCCUUCUUCGAGCCUUACCUUGCGCACCUCCUCAGCCUAUGUGUCAGCAGCGGAGACACCGCAGGCGAUCACAUCGUCGACUCGGCACUUGCUUCAAAGACGAUUGCGCAGCUUUUCAGGCCCAUGGCUAUCCUCGUUUCAACAGACACAGCUCAUAAGCCAGAGCUGGAAGAUGAAGACGAGCUGCUCRCGUUGGGAAGGAAUGCGUGGUUCAACAUUGCCGUGCAUGGCUUCAGCCUCACUUCACCCUCGACAAAAGAGAAUAUCGAAGAUCUGCAGACGCUAGCAUUGUACAGUCUGCCUUUGAUCGACGAAUCUCGCGUGGACAUGCCAGAUAGCAGCAUCGACUUGAACCCAGUCCUGCGACGUGGUGCAGGUCCUGCGCAGCUCAUUCAGCAAAAGCAGACGCUGAUUGCUGCUUUGCCGCAGUGUGAGUCCGAUAUCAAAGGCUUCAGCUAUCCGGAGUGUAUCUUCUUGAAUGCCGCAUUGCUGAUCUCCACGUUGCGCGCGCGAGGCGGAGAUUGCACCGCGGUCAUGCCGUAUUUCCUAGAGAACAAAGUCAAGACUACUUCUCUCGGCAACUGUAUGCUUGCCAUUGCGAGUCACAGCGUUGAGGUGUAUAUCCAAAAAGCGUUGUCCGGCCGGCGUCAGGACUUUGCAGCGCCGCAAGUUGCUUUUCAGCUGGCGGCCUUCUUCGAAGGCUGCUGUCACCGCAUAGCCAAGGUCCAACAAGCCGCGAUGGUGUCUUGCGAUCGCAUCAUCAAUCAGAUCCCAUCUGCGCUCUGCCAGAAGACUUCUCUAUUCGCAUUGCUCGAGCUUCUAUCUCUCAUGUGGAAAAGCUGCCUGGACACAGAAACCGACGAAUACGGCUGGAGAUCGACAUACAGCUCGAAGAAGGGCAACGUCUCAAUCCAGCUUUCCGAUGAUGUUAGCCAUCGCCAAGCCACACUCAGCGCGUUUCACCAGCGUGCGCGAUCGUGGGUCUCAAAGGCUAUUGAUGUGGCCCCUCUUGACGUAAAAGGCCACCUGCAAGCCUAUCUCGAGGACUAUGAAGAUGAUGGGUCGUACGGUCACAUUGCAUUGGGACGAUCAUUCGCUGUGGAAAUGGGCUCUGUCAUCCCGAGCACCGACCAGCGAUUGACCAGCCUUGACGGACAGCGUAAUGUCGGAAUCUCUACCGCCUCAGACUUCGUGGCACAAUACACCACGCGUCAGGAGUAUCGACACUUGAACGCCGAGAGUAAGCCUGAUGACCAGUGGGCUUUGGUGGACUACAACGGCAGAACUCGCGUCGCCACCCUGGAGGCUACUGGAGCUGUACACGACUCGGCCGUUGCAUUGAGGACUCUUGCUCAACGUCUUCGCAAGCACGCAUCUGUUCCAUUCAGCCAAGUGAGGGAGACGUUGCGUAAUGCAGCCGGAGUCCUUAGCAAGAGCGCGUCUGAUCGUGUAGUGCUCAUACAAGACCUCGUCGCCAUACCGUUCAUCAUUUUCUCAAAGCAAUCAAUCAAUUUGGGAAUCUCACUUUGGCUCGGAGUCAUCAAGGAGAACCCAAACCUGGAGUCAAGACUUCUGGUUGAAGUCGCCGCCGGUUGGGAGAACUCAGUCCGCCUGAGGAAGGGAUUCUUCUCAAAUCUGUUCCAUCACCUGGAUCCUUUCUACAUCAAAGAAGAGUUUGCGCCGUCCGACUGGGAGGCUAUUAAGCGGCGCGAGCAAAUCACCCACAACUUGAUCGAUCCACACCUCCGCUUGGCGCACUUUCUCUCUAGCCACUUCAGCGCCUCCAGACUCACCUCGCCGUCCACCGAACGUGUCUAUAAUCGGCUGAUGCGCAUAACGCUACUGGCCAUGAACAACACGGUUGCUCAGCCAUUGGCGCGGGAGGUACAUUUCCACACCGUUCUCCUUUCGUUGAAGAUCUUGAGGUACUCCACACAUCUUGAUGCGGCUGCGCAAUGGCGGCUCAAGGAUGCGAUCAUCUCUGCUGGGCUGUCCUGGUUUUCCUCGCCGCCAAAAUGGUCCUUUGGCAGCAAUCGACUUCAACUCAAGGCGGAGAAAAAGCUCUUGAACGAUGUUAUGAGCGCAUUGAACAGUCUGAGUGCGAUCGGUGCGCAGGCCACUCGAACCACACCUUCGCUUAAGGCUAAACAGGCACUCUUACUGCAGCUCCUCACACAUGAGAUCGGGCGGCUUACAGUAUGGAUCGCACCUUUGGGCCACGAACCUCGAAGCAUCGCGCCGGGACAUAACGAGCUGUCCAGCCAGGAGGCAACCGUAUCAUCGCUUUUGUCAACCGCGUGGGACGAGGAUACGCGAAUUGCUGUCCAAUUAGCCWAACGCUUUUCGACAUCGCCGAAACUUGCCCAGGAAGUUCGCCGUUACCUACUUCGCGAGCCGGCAAAGGCGAUUCAUGAUCCGGACGCCCUGUACAUCCUUCUUGGGUCUGAGCUACCGACCGACGUCAAGCCACAGCUAAAAUACCUGCUGUACUGGGCGCCAAUCAAUCCAAUGGCGGCUGUUACAUACUUCCUACCGGCUUAUGGAAACCAUCCCUUGGUAAUUCAGUAUGCUGUCCGCGCCGUGGAGAGCCAUUCUGUUGAUGUCAAUUUCUUCUACGUCCCCCAGAUCGUCCAGACGCUCCGAUACGAUGGACUUGGUUAUGUUGAACGCUAUAUCAUCGAAACAGCCACAUUCUCCCAGCUCUUUGCGCACCAGAUCAUCUGGAACAUCAAAGCGAACGCUUACAAGGAUGAAGAUUCACUAAUACCAGAUCCCGCCAAGCCAGUGCUGGACCGCGUGAUGAAUGCACUCAUCGACAGCUUCUCCUCAGAAGACAAAGGUUUCUACGAACGUGAGUUUGACUUCUUUGGUAAGGUCACCGGCAUCUCCGGCACACUCAAACCUUUCAUCAAGCGCCCAAAGCCGGAGAAGAAGCAGAAAAUCGAAGAAGAGCUCAGGAAGAUCGAAGUUGACGUCGGUGUUUACCUCCCGAGCAACCCGGAUGGUGUCGUGAUUGGAAUUGACCGCAAGUCGGGCAAGCCGCUCCAAAGCCACGCCAAAGCACCGUACAUGGCAACAUUCCGUAUUCGAAAAGAAGAAGGCGAAGCCGAUGGCGGCGUGGAAGAGCAACAAAGUGCGGCGCAAAACGGACAGAUUGUGAAACGAAAGACGUACGAAGUCUGGCAGUCAGCAAUCUUCAAGGUCGGAGACGAUUGUCGUCAGGAUGUGCUCGCUCUGCAACUGAUUGCAGCAUUCCGCGGCAUCUUCAACAACGUCGGACUGGACGUAUAUGUCUUCCCGUACCGGGUCACUGCCACCGCGCCAGGCUGUGGUGUGAUUGACGUCCUUCCGAACUCCAUCUCACGCGACAUGAUCGGCCGCGAAGCAGUCAACGGACUGUAUGAGUAUUUCGUCUCAAAGUACGGCUACGAAGAUUCCAUUCGCUUCCAAGAGGCGCGUGGCAACUUCAUCAAGAGCAUGGCAGCAUACUCAAUCAUCUCUUACCUGCUGCAGUUUAAGGAUCGCCACAAUGGGAACAUCAUGGUAGAUGAUGCGGGCCAUAUCUUGCACAUCGACUUUGGGUUUUGUUUCGACAUUGCUCCUGGAGGCAUCAAGUUCGAGCGGGCGCCCUUCAAGCUGACACCAGAAAUGGUCGCUGUCAUGGGAGGGUCGACCGACGCACAGCCCUUCAAGCUGUUUGAGGAGUUGUGCAUCAAGGCUUUCCUGGCUGCUCGGCAGCAUGUUGAGCAACUGUCGCACAUCGUGCUCACCAUGUUAGAUUCCGGUCUUCCUUGCUUCAAGCCUGCUACCAUCCAGCACUUCAAGGAGAGGUUUGUGCUGGAGAAGUCGGACAAAGAGGCCGCGGAGUUUGUUCGGAAGCUGGUCCACUACAGCGAGAGGAGCAAUUCGACGGCUGUCUAUGAUUAUUUCCAGCUGCUCACGAACGGCAUCCCCUACUGA